GAUUUUCCUCCUCCCUGUCACCAGACCUGGUGUCCGUGGGGAGCUACAGGACAAACAUCAGCAUGUCAGACUUCGAGAGCGUGAGGGACCUCAGUGCCAGCAACAACGCGAAGGAGAUCCAGGACACCCCCAUGGGAGGGGACGAGCCCACCACCACCACGGAUGCUCCGGAAAGCACUGCCGACACAACGAAGGCAAAAAGGAGCUCCAAGGAGGACGCUGACCUCGCCUACUCCUCCUUCCUCGUCACCUCCGACAGCAUCGCCCAGCGCAGCUCCGGUGGGGACAGCGCAGUCCUGGACGUGUCCCCCAGCCAGGACCGGGUCUGAGGGGCAGGUGGCAGCACCUGGGACUGCCUCUACCUUGAGAAUCACUUCACAAUUCAUUGAUCCCACAGUUUGCUAUAACUUGACCUUUUUUUUUUCUUUUUGCUUAAAUUCAGCUUUGAGUGGUGAUUUAGGAGGAAUGGUUUGAUUCCCAAGGGGGCUGGAAGUGCAGGUCUGAGUGAGGAGGUUGGGCUGGGAAACAGCAGGAACUCGAGUGGCUCGUCCCACCAGCAGCCCCAGUUCCUACACUGGGCUCUCACUGGCCAGAAGGAGCAUUGUGAAAAAAAAAAAAAUCCCAUUUUCUUUUAAAGGCAGCUGGAAAACCCUUUAGAACAGCAUCUGAUGCUUUUGAUUUCCCUAAGCUUUCCCGACCUGAGGGCAGCACCUGCAGGCCAGACACGUCUGGAGUGUUUGUAUGCAUGAUCAAUAAAGAAUCCAGUGGCUUUCAGCAGA